GUUUUUGCCCUUGUUUACAUUUCAUUCAUAAACCAGGUUCCAGCUGAUGGGAUUUCAUUUCUGGUUACUCUCUUUCUAUUGAUGAAUCAAGUAUGACUGGCGAGAGUCACACUGUUGAUUUAAUGGCUGGGUGCAAGGUGGCUGAUGGCUGUAGUACUAUGAUGGCUUAUAUUUGUGGGAAUAAAAAUGAUCCACCAAAUGACACGUCAGCAUUACAUCCAAAGAUUGUAUCUCUUCUUGUUGAAAGUGUAGCUCACAAUACAACUGACAGUGUAUUUUCCCCUGAGGGAGGCAGAGAUGUUGAGGUUUCUGGAUCUCCAACAGAGAAGGCCAUACUUCAAUGGGGGGUUAAGCUUGGAAUGAAUUUUGAUGUCGUGAGGUCAGAGUGUUCAGUUAUUUAUGCAUCCCCAUUCAACUCCGAGAAAAAACGAGGUGUUGUUGCAGUCAAACGGAUAAUUGUAUGGAAGCAGUCUCUCUACCUUCUCCUUUCCGAAAAUAGUUUGUGUUUUAUGUAUGUUGUUAUUUGGAUUAGGAAGAUUUGUUUUUCGAGUUUGACUCAUGUUAAUAAAAUAACAAUUAAAUGUGAUUUAUUUUGAAUAUUAGUAUAAUUAUUUCAUGAAAUGGAUUGUUUUGUUAUAUAA